CAAGGAAACACCACAACACACGAGGGCGUGCGUGGCACUCGGUCACUCGCUGUUUUUGUGUAUUUCCCCUUAUCACCCCUCGAAGAUACAAACCAACCAACCAACCAACCAACCAACCAACAACCCUCUUCUCCUCCUCCUCCCCCCUUCCCCGCUCGGCUUAUCACAACACACACGACAUGUCUGCGAUUGAGACGCUCAACCCAAAGGCCGAGGUUGCCCGCGCAGCGUUUGCGCUGCAGCUCAACACGAGCGCUGCUCGCGGUCUCCAGGAUGUGCUUUCCUCCAACCUCGGCCCAAAGGGCACCAUGAAGAUGCUUGUCAGUGGUGCCGGUGACAUCAAGAUCACAAAGGAUGGCAACGUCCUUCUCCACGACAUGCAAAUCCAACACCCCACAGCUUCGCUGAUCGCAAGAGCGGCGACCGCACAGGACGACAUCACGGGCGAUGGCACCACAUCCAACGUGCUCCUCAUUGGCGAGCUGCUUAAGCAAGCCGACCUCUACAUCUCCGAGGGAUCCCAUCCUCGUCACAUCACCGAUGGCUUCGAGCAAGCCAAGGCAGAAAGCCUUCGUGUGCUUGAGGAGAUUAAGCAACAGCGCGGCAGCAUCGAUAGGGAUACGCUCAUCUCCGUCGCUCGCACUUCCCUCCGCACCAAGCUCGAGACCGCCCUCGCAGACAGGCUCACGGAGGAUCUUGUGGACGCAGUGCUGACCAUUCGCCAAGAGGGGCAGCCGCUGGACUUGUUCAUGAUUGAGAUUAUGGACAUGCAGCACAAGACAGAGACCGACACAAAGCUUGUCAAGGGCAUUGUCAUGGACCACGGUGCUCGCCACCCCGACAUGCCAAAGUACCUUGAGAACUGCUACAUCCUCACCUGCAACGUCUCCCUCGAAUACGAAAAGACCGAGGUCAACUCUGGCUUCUUCUACAAGACGGCUGCGGAUCGGGAAAAGAUGGUGGCCGCCGAGCGCAAGUUCAUUGACGACCGCGUGAGGAAAAUCAUCGAGUUGAAGAAGAAGGUGUGCGAUGGUACGGACAAGCAGUUUGUUGUCCUCAACCAGAAGGGUAUUGACCCAAUCUCCCUCACCAUGCUGGCCAAGGAGAACAUCCUCGCCCUCCGCCGUGCAAAGCGCCGUAACAUGGAGAGGUUGACCCGUGCGUGCGGCGGCACUGCAAUGAACUCUGUGGAGGAGCUUGACGAGUCCUGCCUUGGUUACGCCGGUGUUGUGUAUGAGCACGUGCUUGGCGAGCAGAAGUUCACCUUUGUGGAGAAGGUCAAGGACCCCCGUUCCGUGACGAUGCUGAUCAAGGGCCCCAACAACUUUACCAUCAAGCAGAUUAAGGAGGCCAUCCGGGACGGCCUGCGCGCCAUCAAGAACGCCGUUGAGGACGACUGCGUUGUCCCCGGUGCCGCCGCAUUUGAGCUCACGGCACACAAGGCGCUCAUGACCUUCAAGUCGGAGGUCAAGGGCCAGGCCCGCCUUGGCGUGCAGGCGUUUGCCGAUGCUCUUCUGGUCAUUCCGAAGACGCUCGCCAAGAACGCCGGCUACGACUCACAGGCAACACUGGUCAAGCUUCAGGAGGAGGCGCAAAACAGCGAUGAGCCCAUUGGUAUUGAUCUCAGCAACGGCGAGGCAUGCUUGCCUGCUGAGGAGGGUAUCCUGGAUAACUACCGUGUCAAGAGGCAACUCCUGCAGUCUUGCACGGUGAUUGCCAGCAACUUGUUGCUCGUGGACGAGGUGAUGCGUGCUGGCAUGUCGUCUCUGAAGGGCUGAGGCGAGUGCUCCCGCUGAUGCUUUACUGCGGCCUCGCGCGUCCUGGUUCAGGCGCCCUCCAGUCAUGCUCUACUUCACCCCUUCUUUCUCUCUUUUUCCCCUCUUCCCCUUUCCUCCCUUUUUCUCUUUUUGGCCCUACCUUGGUUAGUAGUGUGAAACCCUCUACCUCUACCUCCCCCUCCCUUGUGGUGCUGCAUUGUUGUGGUGUGACAUAGGCCCGCCCUGCUUCUUUCUGUCUUUGAUGAUGAGCGACCAAAAGGUGUUGUUAUUUUUGGUGGGUGCAGGGUUCGGAUUACAUAACAGCAAAGCCACA